UUUGCAGCGUCAUUUCAUAGUGCAACGGCGAGCACCACGUCAUCCUUUGGAAGCCUGGUACUUUUGGCUAGACAGUGCUUUACUCGUUUCUGUCAUUUUUGUGGUAUUUCAUCCGGAUAUAACGCAUGUAUCAACGAUAAUAGACAAAACGCUCAGGAAUUUAAUCAGCCAAGAACUAAUGAAAACCAGAUAUCUAUAAGUAUAGUUCCCACAACGUUUUCGUCGCAGAGAAAGAUGUUGGUAAUCGGUGCGCAGCCGAGCUUCACGCACAUGAGUAAGAGCUGGAACAUUCUUUCUCAUUUUACAUUCAUCGCUAAUCUGUAUAUGCACGUCUGAAAAGAUUGUUCGUUUACAUUGAAAAAAUUAAAUCUAAUAUAAAAAAAAAGAAACGAUUGACACCGAACAAGUUACAAAAUAUAAUAAAAAAUAUAUAUGCUUGUCAGGCAAAUUAUUCGCCCUUUUAAAAGGUCAUCUUUUGUUGCAGAUCGAUGAAAAUUGUAUAUAUAGUAUUCUUAAUACUGAUCUCUCACGCAUUUCUAUGCGCCAAUAAAAUACUGAUUUAUAUUUCAGCACCAGUUGUUGCGUAACAAAGCGCCGCUUUAUCGAUUCGUCGCAAGAUCAGAUUCGAGAUGUGAUGUGUUCCAUCAGCGCUCAGUGUUUUCAAAACUUUGUCAUCAGUUCUCUCAUUCUUUACCGGCACAACACGUCGUGUUAUCGCCUUU